AAGUAGGCAAAUUGGAUGGUAAGCAUGAAUGACAGUUUCAACUUUCAAACAAAGCAAGGUUUUUGGCGAUGAGCAUUUCUUAACCGUUCUCAUAUCUAAAAACACCAAGCACAAAUAGAAAGAGAUUCACUAUAUAAACACACAUUUUGUGUUAAUUAACCACAUUCAUGGUUUUAAAUUUUAAUUGAUCACAUUCACCACAUCAAGAUCAAUAGUCACACCACCACCAUGACCCUCCCCACCAACCACAACUUGUUCUCAUUGGUCUUCCUAGUGACCAUUCUAUGUUCCUCUUUGUUCCUCACCACAACAGCUUCUGAAUCUAAAGGUGAAGAAUACAUCUACACUAAAGGAGCUAGAAAUGGACCAGAGAAUUGGGGGAGUCUAAAACCUGAGUGGGAAGUUUGUAGAAAUGGAAAAUCUCAAUCUCCAAUUGAUAUUAAAAAUGUAGAGGGGUUUUCUCAACUUGGAAAACUUAAAAAAGAUUACAAAGUAGCUCCUGCCACCUUGAAGAAUAGGGGCCAUGACAUCAUGCUCCAGUGGGACGGAGAUGCAGGGAAGCUUAACAUAAAUGGAACUUACUACAAGUUUGUGCAAAGUCAUUGGCACACACCUUCAGAGCACACGUUGAAUGGAUCAAAGUUUGACAUGGAAAUGCAUGCAGUCCAUGAAAACUCUAAAGGAGAGAGAGCUGUUAUUGGAAUAUGGUAUACAAUUGGCCAGCCAGAUCCCUUGCUUUCAAAGCUGCUCGACAACAUAAAAUUAAGUGGAGACAACAAGGACAUAGAUUUGGGAAUACUUAACCCAGGACUCAUCAAGUUUGGAAGCAGAAAGUAUUACAGAUAUGUUGGUUCUCUGACAACACCACCAUGCUCUGAAGGUGUUAUUUGGACAAUAGUGAAGAAGGUUAGGACGGUCUCAAGGGAGCAGUUGAAGGCCUUAAAAGAAGCUGUUCAUGAUGGAUUUGAGAUCAAUGCAAGGCCAACCCAGGAGCUUAAUGGAAGAAAAGUUUGGUUAUAUACUCCAAAUGUGGUGUGAAGGGAAUUUCUUACUGCUUACAGUUGGCAGCAAAGUAGACAAGAAGAAGAACUUUUUGUAUGGAGAAAUAAAUGGCCAUAUAUCAGAUGUUAAGAUCGAUUUCCGUGGAGAAGCACCCUAGGACGAUGAUGAACUUGUGUUUAGUUUAAGUUGUAUAUUGUGUGUGCUUGUUAAUUUUCUCAGUAAGUUACUUUGCGGCUGUUCUAGAGGUGAACAUGAGGAGAUCCUAUCAUAUCAUAUUGCUGAGAAAAUAAAUAAUACAUUAUUCUGCUGCAAGAUGGGUUCAUAUACAAAUGUUUUAUUUGUGAAGCACUCUCAUGGAGGAGUUUUUAUCGAGGGAAUUUUCGUCCUCAUCCCCAUCUUUACAGGGAAAUUGUCUUCAAGGUCGAUGCUCCAAACGGAAUUGUAUUUAAUUUAUGAGAAAUCCCCAUCUUAAAGUGAAAAUUGUCAUCUCUAAAUGUGACCAAGCCUUUUUUUUUUUGUUGAAAUUAUGUGACCAACCCUUUUAUUAUCAAUAAAAUGUUUGAGAUCCAAGACAAA